UUUUGCAUUUAUGACUAAUUUCUUACGCGGCAUGCCUCUUAAUAUACCAACCGCCAAUAUAUAAUGUGAACCCUCUCAAAAUUUCCCCUUUUCGCCAGCAAAUCUUACUCCCAUAAAAUCAUGUCCAUUUUCAUUCCCCCAAUUAACGUUAACUAAGAUUUGCUAAUCACAUUGAUUCCUUAAAAAAUAAAAAAGAGAAGAAAAAAAAAAGUCUUCCAACGUCUAAACUUUCCUCCUUAUCCAGAUUUCAAAUGCGCGAGAGUCGCACAAGAAAAUCAAUAUUACUACUUUUUUACAACCCAAUUGGCAAAACCCCAAAAGAGAUCCUCUUUACCGUUGCAAUUUUCAUUAAUUAAGGACGUUAUUUUUUUCCCUUUCUUUUUUGGUUCCGCAGUUCCACUUGCUUCCAUUAAGAAAAAGAAAAAAGGUUACUUACAAUGCCACUGUACUUAUUAACUAAAAUUGCUUAAAAUAAAAAUUCAAUGAUGACUGGAUUACAAUCAAUUGAUUCUAUUAAUCUUUUUUGACAGCUCAGUUUUCCUCAUCUUACGAUUUCCAAUUUUCCAUACCUAUACCUUCAUUUCUAUAUAUACUCCCUCCAUACUCCUACAUUUGCUCUCCUAUCUCUUCCUAAUUUUCUUCUCACAACUCUGACAUUUCUCCGUUUCUUCUUCCUAUAUUUAUGUGUAGGGAUUUAGGUUCUGUUUGAUCCCAUCUCUUCACCCUCCUCUUCUCCUUUAGUUAAUAAAGACUCGAUUUUUGGUCCAAAUUUUCUAUUGUAGUUUUUUCUUUUAGUUUGUUGUCUGAAAAGGGCCAGAAAGAUGGCUGGUGGUGGUUUUGUGAAUCCCGCGGGGAAUAAAGCGUAUCCAGGGGAACUUACUCUGUAUGUUACUAUAACAUGCAUUGUUGCUGCCAUGGGUGGACUGAUUUUUGGUUAUGAUAUCGGUAUUUCAGGUGGAGUGACUUCCAUGGACUCGUUCUUGAAGAAGUUCUUCCCUACUGUCUUCAGGAAGAAGAACGAUGACACCUCAACCAACCAGUACUGCAAAUUUGACAGUGAAACGUUGACCAUGUUCACGUCUUCUCUGUACUUGGCGGCCCUGUGUUCUUCACUUGUGGCCUCCACGGUUACCAGAGUUUUUGGAAGGAAAUUGUCUAUGCUCUUUGGGGGUUUACUGUUUCUUAUUGGGGCUCUGCUCAAUGGGUUUGCUCAAGCCGUGUGGAUGCUUAUUGUGGGUCGUAUUUUCCUGGGUUUCGGUAUUGGAUUUGCCAACCAGUCUGUGCCAUUGUACCUGUCUGAGAUGGCCCCCUACAAGUACAGAGGUGCGUUGAACAUCGGAUUUCAAUUGUCAAUCACCAUUGGUAUUUUGGUGGCAAAUGUGUUGAAUUACUUUUUUGCCAAAAUCCAUGGUGGUUGGGGAUGGCGUUUGAGUUUGGGAGGUGCCAUGGUUCCUGCCCUGAUCAUUGCUGUUGGAUCAUUGCUCCUUCCUGAGACACCAAACUCAAUGAUUGAGCGCGGUAAGCAAGCUGAAGCCAAAGAAAAGCUAGUUCAAAUCAGGGGUGUUGCCAAUGUUGAUGAGGAAUUCAAUGAUUUGGUUGCUGCUAGUGAGGCAUCAAGGCAAGUUGAACAUCCAUGGAGAAACAUCUUGCAGAGGAAGUACAGACCACAGCUUACAAUGGCCAUUGCCAUUCCAUUCUUCCAACAAUUCACUGGAAUCAACGUGAUCAUGUUCUAUGCACCGGUUCUUUUCCAAACUAUUGGAUUCGGAAGCGAUGCUUCAUUGAUGUCUGCCGUGAUUACCGGUGUUGUGAAUGUGGUUGCAACUGUUGUUUCCAUCUAUGGUGUUGAUAAAUGGGGUAGGAGGAAGCUCUUCCUUGAAGGUGGCACCCAAAUGCUUCUCUGUCAGGUAUACAAAUGUGACCAAAAUUGUUGUUAUAUUGUUACAAUGUAGUUUUAAAAAUGCAACUUUUUUAUUGAUGAGGGAUUUUUUUCUCCUUUGAUUUUGCAGAUUGCUGUUGCAAUUUGCAUUGGGAUCAAGUUUGGGAUCAAUGGAAAUCCAGGCCAUUUGCCCAAAUGGUAUGCUAUUGUUGUAGUGCUGUUUAUCUGCAUUUAUGUAGCUGGAUUUGCCUGGUCUUGGGGACCUCUAGGAUGGCUUGUGCCCAGUGAAAUCUUCCCAUUGGAAAUCAGGUCAGCUGCACAGAGUAUCAAUGUCUCAGUGAACAUGCUUUUCACCUUCUUAGUUGCCCAAGUGUUCCUCAACAUGCUCUGCCACAUGAAGUUUGGGUUGUUCCUCUUCUUCGCCGCCUUUGUGGUGAUAAUGACUGCUUUCAUCUACUUCUUCCUGCCUGAAACUAAGAACAUUCCAAUUGAAGAGAUGACCAUUGUGUGGAAGAGCCAUUGGUACUGGAAGCGAUUCGUUACCGAUGAUGAUUACCCUAAUGGGCAUGCCAAAGAUCUUGAAUUAGCCAAAGGAGCUGUCAAGCAAGUAUAACAAUUUGAGUCCUGAGGCAUCAUCAUUCUCAAAUCAAAUUUGGACAAAAUUUUUAAGUAAUUUUUUAGUCAAAGUUAGGAUAGUAGUUUAAGACUAUCAUUAUACAAUUGAUGAUGGAACUACUGCUCUGUUUUUAAGUUUUAUUAUAUAUAUACUCGAGUCUUCUGCCAGUACAUAUGCACUCUGGAGUCUGGAAUUAUCCAAUUAAGAAAUUUUUACAAUUUCCAAUCCUUAUUUUAUCUUUUCUUAUCAUCAACUUGAUCAUCUUGUCCUAUUAUAAGCAAAUUCUGGUGUCUUUUUUCACAUAUAAAACUUUAUCGCAUCAAAUUUAU